AUGUUGACGGAUGAGCAGCGCAAGGUUCUUGAGGACUGGUCUUCCAAGAUUUGUUCCCAUGAGCCUGUUGAUGAUGGCUUUCGGCGCUUUCUUUCAACUUUGCAUGCUCGAGCACAGGAGCUGUCUGCCUUGCGCAAAUGUGACCUGAAAGGCAUCUUUUCGUCCCAUAUUUGCAAAAAAGAUUCGGAGUUGAAAUUUUGUCAAAACUUUUGGCGGCGCAGCGCAGAAAAAUUUAGCCCCGAGCAAAAGGAACAAGUGGAGGAUUUGAAAGCAGGAAUUCUUUGGCCUCAUGCGCAAGACGAUCGUGCGGCGUUGCGGCCCGCGGUUGUCAGGAUGUUGGACAAAUUUGAAAGCAUACUUGCACGCAGAGAGGCAGAAUUUCGCGGCUUUGGGGCUGCGAGUGUUUAUGGUCUGUUUACCGGGCACGCGAAGAAAUCUGAUUCUGAGGUUAGAUUUUGUUACGAUUUUGUCAGCCGUGUGUUUCCCAAACUGGAAGAUUCGGAGCAACAGCGACUUCGCAUCAAACUGGAUGACCUGUUGUUGAAAAGCUGCUCGGUGCCCGUGAAAAGUAGUUACCAGGCCAAACUACACGAUGCAGAGACUGUCUUGGGCGACGCUCUUCCACGCCCAAGACUGCCGAAAAGUUUGCGUCAGCUGUUUGGCAACAGUAUGGAUGCAGAGGCAAGGAUCAUGCCGUUCUUGCACCGUGUUCAUGAGGUGGAUGAGUUUAUGGUUUCCUUAAAAUUUCAAGACUGUGACUAUUGCCACGAAGGAUGGUUUGGCAGUGAUAGAAAACGGGCAGACUUGCCUGGUGGUUUUGAAACCGAAACCUAUAAGAAGACCAAUUUCUUGCGUGCGCCUGAGAACCAGUGGCUAGACCCAGCGCGACCGAUCUGUCAAAAUUGUCUGCUUCCUUUCCGCUUGACAGGUGCGAACUUCGCAGAUCCUGGGCCAACGUUGCCAGAAACCGACGCUUUGAGCUUCUUUGAAGAGGAGAUCUUAUCGCCAAUCCAGCAUAUUGUCCGCAUCUUUACGCUGCACGCAACAGGACAAUGUGAGCUCCGCGGUCACGUGGGUAACCUGUUCCAAAAUGGCCCACAGUAUGUUCGUGACAUCCCUGCAGCUGUGGGUGACAUGAAGAUGCUUCUGAUACGGCGGUGCCCCAAGGAUCCAAACCGCAAGCAGCGAGUACCUUUCCUUGUGUCAAGGCGACGUUUGCAACGUGCUCUUGAUCGCCUUUGUCGCACGUUGGAGGAGGAUGGUUCUUUGGCUCUCCAGCCCGGGGCACUGACACCGGGCGGCUACGUCGACUUGGUGAAGCGGGGAAACCUCGACCAGUACGCAGACACUGAGGAAGGCGAGGAACCCCAUGGUCUGCAAGUUCAUGUCGUCGAGCAAAGACCAUGGGAGCGCGUGGAGCGCAAGCUGUUCGCUUUGUGGAUGUCGUGCUCGCUGGAGUUGCAGAUGGCAGCCCAGGUACGCCUUUUGCAUGAGCCCGAAGAUGUGCAGGAUCCGGCGGAGAGGGUGGAUGUUCUGUGGAAGAAUUUGCGUGCUGCUAUGGAUGCCAAGGCCCCGGAUGUUGUGGGCGGCCCUUCAGACUUGAUGUUUACAACGCUGGCUCAAUACUUGUCUCUGCAGUUUUCGGACAAAAAUGUGCAAGACGUAGAAAACAUUUUGCACGAUGAACUGACGGCAGUGCAGGAGUUAGCUUCCUGGGAAGAGCCUUUGGUGUCGGAUGGCUUGUGGUCGCCUGAAGAUGUAGCUGGCCAGCAGACUGAAGCAGAAUUGAAGGAUGACUUAUGGGAGACGAUCUGUAAAGCCAACGAAAGCGCCAGCAACAAAUCUACAAUUCGUCGUUUUGGGGCAGCGCGGGUGCAAGGUGUGCCUAUUCUGGAUCCCCCAACCGUAGCAUCCAGAAACCAACUAGUCAGGGAAGAUCAACCUUAUUACAUUGUUGCUGGUUUUGUGAAAUUGUUUCCACUUGGACAAGGAGAUUUUUGGGCGCACUUGCAGCAGCGCCAAGAGGAAAACCAACAGCCGUUGUCGUUCUGGGAGUGGCUGAAGCAUUUGCUUUUGCGUUCGGAUGGUCGAUUUCAAGCCCACCCACGGUUCUAUUUUUUUGCUCUGAACACCGCUUUGCGCAACAAGGCUUUGCGUGCCCGGGGAUAUUUUAUGAAGCGCCAGCAGGGGGCGAGCAGCAACGUUGCGUACACUACAGAGGAACUUUUUAACAUGGGUAAAGCUCAGUUCACCAAGAUUGUGUCAGCUUUCGAACAUUCCAUGGCCGGCUCAGCGCAGGAGAAGUUGCGAGAACGCAGUGACUUAGAGGCCAUGGUGGAGCAGAUUGAACAAGAGACGUUGCAAGAUCAGGCUCACGCUUUGUUGCAAUCUUGGCGCGAAGCUGAAUCUGCUGGAAACAUGCUUGAGCAGCCAGGUUUUGGUACUUCUGCUGCAGAAGUGCGAGCCGCGUGCUCCGUUGCAAAAGCUGCGGUUGAGAAGGUCUUGUCGCCAGAAACCAUUGAAGCCCAAGCUAAGCCUUCUGUCUCGUGUGUCGUUGUGGACCGCGAGAUGGAUGAAGGGCCCCAGCCUGAUGUCGCGCGCGUCGUUGCGGACCACGCGGCAGAACCGAUGCAGCAGGAAAUUGAAGUCAGCCCAGCUGCGGAGGAAGAAAGUGGCUUUGCGUGCUCCAGGGGCCGCUCAGGACCUAAAACUAUUCAAGAUUUGCUGUUGGAGGUGCAACAGCGUAGCUUGUGUGUGCAGGGUGGCGGUGAAAUCCCAUGUCACUUUAGCACUUUGACAACCGCCAUUUACCAUUGGGAUGAUUUAGCCACAUGCUUAGAGCAGUAUGAAGCAGCUGUCCUGCAGCAGCGGAACAACAGAGCCGAUCCCUUGGAACCAGCAGAACGGCAGUUGUCGUCUGAACGCCGGCGAGUCCUGCGUUACCCCGGUGUGGUCGCCUGGUUCACUGCGUACAAAAUGGAGCUCUUUUACAAGCAUGUGUUGAGAUAUGAGGAUGGACAGGGUGUGUUCGAAUGGGGCGCAGGUGGCAUUAUGCAUUUGCAUUCGAUCAAUUUUGGCUCUUGCAUGCCCCGUGUCGAUCCAACCGCAGCAGGCAUGCAGCAACCGGACGAGAAGAGUGCCGAGAUAGCGGCGCAGUUUGCAGAGAUGCAUGAAGAGUACUUGACGGAUUGGAGCCUCAGCAAAGCAGAGAAGUGGACCUUUCAUGAGGUGGACAAUUGCGCUGCCAGAUCUGCUCGUGUAGGGUCACCUUUGCACACAGACUCAGAAUCUGAUGGCUCCGAGGAUAUGGAGGAUGCGUUGGACGAAAAGUGCGUUCGCCGUAAGGCCCCUGGUGCUGGUUUAGAUCUCGGUGCAGCUGCAGAUUUGUUUGGGCAGCAUGCUGUGGCAGAGGACGUCGAUUUUCAACGUGUUUACCCCACAGCAACUACAAUGGUGUAUGUGCUGUCACAAGGUGCUCGUGUGACACAAGCUUUGACAGAAACAGAUCGCAGUUUAUUGCGUAGUUUGGAUGUUUCUCUCCAAGAUCCAACUUGGCACCCCUGUCGAAUUUCUGUUGCGCAAAAAGCUUUGCUAAUGACCAACAACUGCAGGUUGGUUCGCCGUGCUCGUCGCAAAUGGUAUCGCAGGCUGACGGACAAAUGCAAUAGGCAUGAUCGGCACGGUGGUGCAGGUUUUGAAAUUCCGCCUGUUCAUGUUGAAGCGAAUGUGGACACACAGCCCGAGGAAGAAGAAGGCGCCGAGCCAGAGGCAGAGGUUGUCACGGCGCGGAUGCAGCAGUGUCCACUGCGUGUUGGAACACUGAACAUGCACUUGCUGUCGCCGGGUACUUGGCUUGAGGAUCUCUUGGACAAGUGCGAUGUUCUAUUCUUGCAGGAAGUCACCGCUGAGUGCUUGGAAGAUCUUUGCUUGUUGGGACAACAAAACGGUUACGAAGCGGUGUCGCCGCUGUUGCGUGGCCAAACGCCAGAGGAAAUCAUGGCCAUUCACGAAGUCUGCGUCGAUUACAACAAGGAGAUAGUCAAGGAGUGGAUGAGUCAGCACCUGAAAAAUUGGCGUUUGUGUGAGUUCACCGAGUUGUUGACUGGGGAGUGGCAGGUGCUGAGUACGAAGCGUGGGUGGAUUGUUGGUUCAAGCCUUAGCACCGGAGCUUCUGACCACCAUUUCGUGCAGGCUGUCACAGACCUUGGUUGCUGCGAGCAUGGCGCCUUUUCCCAGUGGUGCAAUCUGGAAUGCACACCAGACUGCCAAAGUGAGCUUGCCACAACAUGCAUUCAGGAGUGUCCAUCAAUGUGCUUCGAGGCACAGGAAUACAUCAUCCCCAGGGAUCUGUGUACAAAUUGCAACCCUUCCAAGUGCUUCCCAGUGAUGAAAUGUCUCUUGGCACAUGCCGAGACUUUGACCGAGUCCGGAGAGCUCGAUAGAACUUGCCAUGAAGCCGACUUUGCCAGGGAGACCACGGUGCGGGACAACUACAGGCGGCUUACGACCCCCAUGGAUUGA